AUGGAAACCGAAAGUGAAGAGCACCUUCCCUUCCUCGACAUAGAUAUUUACAGAAGACCCGACGGCUCUCUAGGCCAUAGAGAGUACCGUAAACCCACACACACCAACCUAUAUCUCGAUGCCAGGUCCCAUCAUCACCCUUCCAGUAAACAGGCAGCUCUUUCCACACUGGUACACAGGGCCAGAGCUCUGUGCGAUCAAGACAGCCUGCGUGGGGAGUUGGAGUUCCUGAAGGACAUCUUCAGAAGGAAUGGUUAUAACGACCGGCAGAUCCACAGGGCCCUCAACCGCCGUCCCAACCACAAUCAACAUGAUGACCGCAGAGACACUGCCUUUGUCGGGACUAUAUUCAACAGGAUUAGCAGAAUGCUGUCCCGACACAACAUCAAAUCAGUUGGCCUGCCUCCUAAGAAGAAAUCUAAUUUCCUCCGGCCUGUCAAGGAGCACCUGGGACUCAGGACACCGGGAAUUUACAGUAUCCCCUGCGAGUGCGGCAAGGUCUACAUUGGGCAAACGGGCCAUUCUGUGGGCACCAGGCUGAAAGAACAUCAACGGCAUUUACGCCUGGAACAUCCGGACAAGUCAGCCGUAGCUGAACACAGCAUCGAGCUAGACCAUCGUAUCCAGUUUCAAAAAAAACGCCAUACUCGCCUGUAA